UUUUCCGGUAUUGCCGAUGUCUAUCUUUGUUUGGUAAUUCGGCAUGUUCUGCUCUCAUUUCCUCUCGCUCUUUCUGUUGCCGUUGCUGGGAGUUUCAGAGAACUGGAAAGUAGUAAAUGGGACCAUUGGUUCAUCGGGUUUUCUGGAUCCUGGACACCAAGGUGAUCUCAGCAGGAGUGAAAUUUUAUGGACCUUCACUGGCAGCAACAAAAGCCUUGUUACUAUUUUGGAUCACGUUCCAGAUAAACCUGUGGAGAAACCAUAUGAACAAUUCAGAUCCCGUUUACAGUUUAACGCUUCUACUGGCUGUCUGCUGGUAAACAGGAUAAAACCUGAGGAUCAAGGUGUUUAUAAUUUUGUUGUAGAUGAGAGAAGAACAACUACGAUAGAAUUGCUUCUCUUCUAUAAGCUGUCGAAAACUUUCAUAAGGAGCUAUAGCGUCGCUGGCAACACCAUCCAACUCACCUGUGAGGUUGAUGGAAAUCCUCAUAAAUAUGAAUGGCUGAAAAAUGGAGGGAAAAUCUCACAGCAUCACUGGUUAAUUAAUGAAAGCAGAAGCCUCAUCAUCUCGACAGACUUGACAAAUGAAUGUGGAACAUACACCUGUGUUGCCUCCAAUCCUGUCAGCUCUGUCCAGGCAAAUUACACCUUAAAUCCCCCAGGUAGUUCUGGCGAAGAUUCUAUAAUUAUUAUCACGUCAAUCACAGGACUGGUAUCAUCUUUGGUAUCUCAUGGUGGAUUCUUGCUUCUGCUUUGGUUGGAGAAGAAAUCAAAGCAAGUGUUUCAGAGCCUCAUUAAUUGCAACAUUUUGUCUGUUGUUGGUACCCUUGUUGCCCUCAUCUCCUGGAUUGUGAUUAAAGGUGCUGUCUUUAUACCCGUUGUGACGUUAUGCACUGUCUCUGCCCUGUUUUUGGCCAAAAUUACACCAAUUGUUAUUCUGAAAUUUGGCUGCUCCUUUAAUGGGAGAUUCCAAGGAAAGAAAGGAUCUCAACCUUUCAUUGACUUGAGUGGUUUCAUUAUAUUUCCCAUUUUGAUCACUAUCCUAAAGGAAGAGAUUCAGCAAAACAAUCAAAGUUGUCACACCAACAUCUUAACAUGGAGCAUACCGAUUGCAUUAUUGGUCAGCUGUGUUAUUAUAAUGUCUGUGUUCCUUGCAACAUAUCGCUGUAAAUGCUACAGAAACAAAAAUGAAAACAUUGAAGUGAGACAGCAGGAUAAUGAAGACUUGUAAGAUUUCAGUAUUACUGACGUAGAACUGGGAGCUACACCUGAUUUGCUUCAGACUCUUUAAAAUGGAUAUGAUGGGUGCCAGUCUUGGACUUGAGUUCCAGAGGGAAAACUUUGUCCAUCAAUAGGACACAUACUUGCCCUCACUCUUAUGGAAUGGCACUGUUAUUUGAAGCACAUUGUUACAGCAUCACAAAUGAUUUCAGCAUUCUUCCUUCAAAACACUGUUAGAAUGUACUACUGGGUAGGUGCCUGAUACAAAAAGCACCCUCGCCAAACUAAGAGUUUCUAACCAAAGAAUCGAUCCUUGAAAUGGUGUGGCAGCUUUUUCACAUUGUGCUGGAGUUUGAUCUGAACAGAAAAAUCAGUGGAGCAGCAAUUGUAAGACCUACAUUUGACUGCUGCAAUUUGGUGAAUUUUUGGACUGAUGGAAACACAAGUGACUACAAAGGCUGGAAUCAGGAGCAAAAGAAGUAAACUGCUGGAGGAACUCAAAGAGUCAAGAAGAAUCUGUGGAGAUCCUGCAUCAGGGCUGAGAGUGUGGAGCAAAGCAAUUUCCCUCUUGUGUUCCCUUUAAACUUUUCACCUUUCACCUUUAACCCAUGACUUCUGGUUGUAGUCCCACCCAACCAGUGGAAAAAGCCUGCUUGCAUUUACCCUAUUUAUACCCCUCAUAAUUUUGUAUAUCUCCAACAAACCUCCUCUCAAUCUUCUACUUUUGAAAGAAUACAGUCCUAACUGAUUCAAUCUUUCCUUAUAACUCAGGUCCUCCAGACCCAGCAACAUCCUUGUGAGGUUUCUCUGUACUCCUUCAACUUUGUUUACAUCUUUCUUGUGGUUAGGUGACCAAAACUGCACACAAUACUCAAAAUUAGGCCUCACAAACGUCUUGCACAAAUUCAACAUAACAUCGCAUCUUCUGUACUCAAUACAUUGAUUUGUAGCCUGAGAAAAAUACACACUAAGCACAACAAAAAGUUUUUCUCGGGUCUUCAGUUACUUUAUCUGUUUCAGAUGUUUUAAUGCAGAAAGAGGGUAUCAAAAACAAAAUAUAUUUAAAUUAACAGAGUUCCUGCUGUUACAAUCUCAGCUUAAUUUUGGUCCACACGCUUGUGUAUCAACUAGUAAUUUAUGCAGUAUGAAAAUCAAUAAAACAAAAUAUACAAAACCAAUCCUAAAAAAAACAAUACAAACAACAUUAGAAUCCUACCACCCUCUACCUUGAAUAUGAUAUCAAAAAUAUGAAUAAACACAUCUCAUCUUAACUAAGAGGUACACUCCCUUUGGCACACUGGCACUUCACUUCCAAACACGCAUCGGCUAGUCCCUGUAACGAAUUCUCGCUCAUGCUAUGUGAACAGAGAUUAACACAUUGACAUUACUCCAUUACAUUCACAUUUGGUCAAGAAACAAAAAUAAACUUCCACAAAAGCAUUUACAACAUAUUGCCUUGUAGUUAAAUUAAAAGAAAGAUUAACCUACUAGGCCGAUAAGGAACUUUGCACAACCAUGCUAUCCAGUGCCAAUACCUUACCAAAAAUCUAAAGCAUCCACAUGUAAAACAUGUCAAAUUAUUGAUAUUCUAGACUUACAAACAAGUAUAAAUGAAUUUGCAUGGAUAUUAUCAAACAUUAAACACCUUUCCUCACCAUACAUCUAGUACUCAAUGUUCUUUCUAGAACAUUAACUUAUUUUCCUACUCUGCACAUGCAUAAUGACAUCACCAUUUUCUCUGAAAGGCACAGGCAACUAUUUUAGCAUUAGCAGCAUAAAUAUAUAAGUGCACUUUAACAAUAAAAAAUAACACUGAAUGGUCACCUGGUUUCAUUGAUUAAUGAAGUCCAAUGUGCCAAAAGCUCUCUUUAUGAUCCUAUCUACCUAUGAUGCCACUUUCAACAAAUUAUGUCCUUGAUUUCCCAGAUCUGUUUGUUCUUCAAUAUGGUGACACUUUCUGAGCAUACACGUUCUAAUAAUUCAACUAGAUAAGACUGGUGAGGAAAUCAGAACAAAAUAUGCCAUCAAUGCUGACUUUAAUGUGAUAUUCACCAGGUCUCUAAUGUAAUAUGUCAAGUGGAUUGGGUAACCAGGCAUAGGGUAAGAUCCAGAGAAUGCCCGAGGGAAAGAAGAAAGCCAAAUGGACCUUCGUAGUUUUAUCACAACUAAGAGAGAAUAUGUUAAGUAACAAUGUCAGCAUAGUAAAGAUUGAAGAGUCUAAAGAAUACAUAUCUGUGUUAACUGAAAAAGUGAGAAAGGAAAAAGAAAAUUGUGACAAAUUACAAGAUAGCUCCUUGAUGAUUUGAAGAUGUUAGAAUGUUUGAAUGGUUAUUGUCUCUGAAAAUGAAGUGUACCUCUCUGCAACAGACACAAUUAAAAACCCUGAUUGAGAUGGAAGGAGGGGAAAAAAACAGUUACAUCUACACAGACUCACGAUAGGCUUUCGGAGUUGUUCACAAUGUUGGAAAUCUAUGGGGCAAAGGCGAUUUCUUACAGCUCCAGGAACCCCAAACAAAAAUGGCCAGAUGGUACAAGAAUUAAUGCAGAUCAUGCAACUUCCAUCAGAAGUGGCUGUACUGAAAUGUAAAACCCACUGCAAAAUGGACAUAGUUGAAAGCUGUGGAAAUGGACCAGCAGAUGAGGCAGGAAAAAAGGAGACAACAGAAAGGAGGAAAAGAAAUGAAUGAAGUGAAUCCAUUAACUAACUCUGUGAGAACAAACUUGAGCUCUCUAGCACAUAGAAAUAUACAGCAUACUUGAGUUCAAUGUUCUAACAGAGGGAAGUUGUCCUAAAUGGUGGAAAAUUGAACAACAACUGCGCAUGGAGAUAUAACACUAGUCACAGACUGGUAGCCUUAACGAUAUUGUUUCCUUAUGGGCACAGCAGAUACACUCACGAGGAUACUUUGGAGAGGAAAACAUGACUAGCAGAUUCUCUUAGUUGAAGUGGCAUCAGUAAUUCAAGUCACUAAGCUUAACAAAUGUUGGAGAGAUGCAUGCCAUACUGAAAAAUAAACACAGUUAAUUACUCCAACCUCAUCUAGAUCCUCUUACUGCAAGUGAUUUACAUGAACAAAUUGCCAAGGAUACUCAGAUAUACUAGUAAUAGUAGAUGUUCUCAACGUGGGUGAAGCCUGUUCCAGCAAGGAAAGCCACUGCUACACAUAAGAGUAAAAAAUGAUUGAGGACCACAGCACUAGGUGUGGAUUGCUGUGUUGUAUUGACUCUAUGUUGCCUGGUGAACAUUGAAUGAUUCUCCGUCAGUCCACAUCGUCCAGAGUUGUCAGGAUGGGUGGAGCAAAUGAAAGGGACUAUCAAACAAAUACUGAUCAAGUAUUAUGAGGAGGGUGUACUAUGGCCUCCUUGGACUGUUGUUCUAAACACAAUAGUCAGCUUUGUUGAAUAUUCUGUAAAUCCAACCAAAGCUCUUCUGUCUGCUUCUCAAUAGUUCUCCAGUGGAAGGAGGACACACAAUUCCCAUGAGUGUGUUCUGAUCAAGAACCCAUUGGGUGCUUUGUGGGAACAACCUUAUCACUUGCUAUCAAUUACUAAUUCAGCAGUACAGUUGAAGGAAAAAAAAUAAAUGGAUGCACAUGAAGCUCUGCAAGUGAACAAAGAAGGCACCAGGGAAUGAAGAUGUAGAUAGCAAACACUGAGGUUAAUGUACUAGGAACCUAUUCCUCAGUGCCUAGCCCAUUACCCUACAGUGAUUAAAUCACUAACCAGCCAGAAGAUGUUGAACAAAUUCCUGAACCAUUGAAAAUGACACAGCUCAGCCUAAUGUGGUUAUUUUUGUAUUGUUACCAAUCUUGUCAACUCGACAUGUGCCAGAUGAAAUAACUCACAAAAGUAUUCUUACAGGUAUCACAUCAAUUUCCAGAUGCUGUUAAUUCCUCUGGAUGUAGGAUAUCCCAAUACAUACCAGACACAUUCCAAAUGUAGUACUGUCGUGCAAUCUCCUGAGUUGUGUAUGAUCUUCUGCUAAGAGGUUGUCUAUUGGAGGGUCUUCAGGUGACUGUAGGUGCCAAUCCAGGACCCACAUACAGUAUUCUGGUCUCACAAUCCUGUUCCCAUCGCUACUUGCUUAUCAUCACACAACAGGACUUAAUCCAGGAUGUGAAGGGGGGAUUCCCUUAAUUGAGAAUACCUGUGCGUGAACUUGUUUACCGUGGGGAGUCUGAUACAUGGGCAGCCACCACACAGUCCCUGGCAGAUCAGGGUCAGUGUUCAGUAACUGGGAAUGGAAGAUGAUAGGGGACGCUUCACCACUACAGCCUUCCUCCACUUCACUGCCAUUGUGAUGCAUCAUCAGCUGCCAGCUGCACAACUGAGGUCUUAGUUGGAUCGCUGUAUGUAACCCCUCCCUUGACCUUACUGGCUUGGGUGGCACUACCAGGGGCUAAGUGACAGAUGGUUAAACUCCACAUGGCAUUGCCCUUGGGAUCUCAGGAACUCCCAGACCUCUCCAUCACAACAAGGUGACAAUCCUCGGGGAAGAAAUAUUACAAAACUCACUGAUGUUAGGUAGACCCUUAACAAUCACAUGUUCUUUUCCUCAUCCAGCAUUGCAAUCUAACAACUUGGUAUCCUUCCUUCACUCUUCUCAGGGGUAUUAUGGAAACACAGUAACCACAUGUGUCACACACCAUCUUAAUCUGGAUCAUUUGUGCCAACACUAUCUGUCUCAUCUAUUGAGUUAUGUCUAGUCCAGAACUAAUGCAUUCAUCUGGGUAUGGUAUGCCAAAGUUCAAACCUGACAUCGAUGAUAAGGUUACGUCCUUUCAGGUGUUCACUGUAAAGGCUGCCUUUUGCAUCAGUUCUAAAGAUAACCUCAAAGUAGUUCUUGCAAAUACAGAUAUUGCUGA